CCAGCCUGGAGGAGAGAUACUCUCUCCUCCAACCUCUCCACCAUGGGUAAUGCCUCCAAUGACUCCGGGCGGAUAGAGUACUGCGAGAGUAGACAGUGGCUCCUCCCGGAGGAUAGCCCAGCCAUCAGCGCGGUGAUGUUCUCGGCCGGGGUUCUGGGGAACCUUAUUGCGCUGGCGCUGCUGGCACGCCGUUGGCGUGGGGACACGGGGUGCAGCGCCGGCAGCAGGACCUCUAUCUCCUUGUUCCACGUGCUGGUGACAGAGCUGGUGCUCACCGACCUGCUGGGGACCUGUCUCAUCAGUCCGGUGGUCCUGGCUUCCUAUGCGCGGAACCAGACACUGGUGGCCCUGGCUCCCGAGAGCCGCGUGUGCACCUAUUUCGCCUUCACAAUGACUUUCUUCAGUCUUGCCACAAUGCUCAUGCUCUUCGCGAUGGCCCUGGAGCGCUACCUCUCCAUCGGACACCCUUACUUCUACCGGCGCCGCUUCUCGCGUCGCGGGGGCCUGGCGGUGCUGCCAGUCAUCUACGCGGUCUCUUUGCUCUUCUGUUCCCUGCCGCUGCUCAACUACGGGGAGUACGUCCAGUACUGUCCCGGGACAUGGUGCUUUAUCCGGCACGGGAGGACUGCAUACCUGCAGCUCUACGCCACGGUGCUGCUGCUGCUCAUCUUGGCGGUGCUCGCCUGCAACUUCAGCGUCAUCCUUAACCUCAUCCGCAUGCACCGUCGGGCCAGAAGAAGCCGCUAUGGAUCAUCCGGCGGUGGCCUGGGUGGCCCUGGGUCGCGCAGGAAAGGAGAAAGGACUUCGAUGGCGGAGGAGGCGGACCACCUCAUUCUCCUGGCCAUUAUGACCAUCACCUUCGCCAUCUGCUCCUUGCCUUUCACAAUCUUUGCUUAUGUGAAUGAAACCUCUUCCCGAAAGCAAAACUUGGACCUCCAAGCUCUUAGAUUUUUAUCAAUUAACUCUAUAAUUGACCCUUGGGUCUUUGCCAUCCUUAGGCCACCGGUCCUGAGACUAAUGCGUUCAGUUCUCUGUUGCCGGACUUCAUUGAGAAACCAAGAGGUUUCACAGACUUCUUGUCCUACCCUGUCCAGUGCCACUAAACAGACUGACCUUUGUGGGCAGUUAUAA